AUGUCUGUCAAAGUCAGAGGUAAAGAUUUAGAUAACCGUUGGGUUGUUCCACAUAAUCCAUAUCCCCUCGCAAAAUUUGAUUGUCACUUGAAUGUAGAAAUUUGCUCAACAAUCAAAGCAGUCAAAUACCUUUAUAAGUACAUUUAUAAAGGUCAUGAUCGUGUUGCUUUCAACUUGAUUCCUGGACAAAACAUCCAAGAUAUAGAUGAAAUCCAACAAUUUCAAUCAGCCAGAUGGAUUGCUCCACCAGAAGCUAUGUGGAGAAUAUAUGGUUUUAUUCUUAAUGAAAUGCAUCCAUCAGUUUACAGUUUACAUCUACAUCUUGAAGAUCAAUAUCUGGUAGCUUUUCAUGCACAUGACAACCUUAACAAUGUUCUGAGAUCUGAUUUUACGGCAAAAUCAAUGUUGACUGAAUUCUUUUCAACAAAUCAAACUAAUGAAAAUGCACGAAAACUACUGUACAAAGAAUUUCCUGAAGCUUUUGUUUGGAACCAGCAACACAAAAUAUGGACUCCAAGAAAGAAGAAAACUGUUAUAGGCCGCAUUGUUACAGCAAGUCCAUUCGAAGGUGAAAGGUAUUACUUACGGAUAUUGUUAAAUCAUAUAAGAGGCCCUUUAUCAUUUGACCACAUCAAAACAGUUGGCAAUGUCACUGCACCAACCUUUCGUGAAGCAGCUACAUUACAUGGUUUGUUACAAAGAGAUACCAGUUUGCAAGAUUGUAUGCAAGAAGCUUCUUUAUACCAAAUACCACACAGUUUAAGACGGCUAUUUGCAACAAUUUUAGUAUACUGUAAUCCAACAAAUCCUAGAGAACUUUGGAAAUAUUUUGAACAAGAUAUGUCAAGUGAUUUCCAAACAAGUGUUGCAACAUCAGCAGAUAUUAGGACAAAAGUCUUACGAAGCAUCUCUUCUACACUUGAAUCGAUGGGAAAAGACAUAAACAUGUUUCAUUUAAUAGAACAUGAUGUCUCUUUUGAUCAAAACGAAACUGAAGCUAGAGAAAUAAAUGAUGAAUUUGCAGUUCUGAUACCAGAAGAAGAUCUUAUGGCUUCGAUGAGUCUUAAUUCUGAACAACAACACGCAUAUGAAUCAAUUUUGCAGAAAGUCCUUCUAAAUGAAUCUGCUGCAUUUUUCAUUGAUGGUCCGGGCGGAACAGGGAAAACAUUCUUAUAUAAAGCACUUCUCGCUACAGUAAGAUCAAGAAACUUAAUUGCUCUUGCAACUGCAUCGUCUGGUGUUGCUGCAUCUAUUUUACUUGGAGGUCGAACAGCCCAUUCACGCUUCAAAAUUCCAUUAGAUCUUGACAAAAAUAGUACUUGUUGUGUAAGCAAACAAGGUGCUCUUGCCAAAUUGUUACGUCUUGCAAAGCUAAUCAUAUGGGAUGAAGCACCUAUGUCUAGAAAAGAAUGUAUGCAAGCAUUGGAUAAAAUGUUACGAGACAUAACUGAUUCAAGAUUACCAUUUGGUGGAAAAAUUAUCGUAUUUGGUGGAGAUUUUCGUCAAGUCUUACCUGUGAUUCGGAAAGGCACAAGACAAGAAGAAGUUAAUGCCAGUUUAGCAUCGUCAUAUUUGUGGUCUACUUUAACUAAGAUUAGGUUGAGUGAGAAUAUGCGAGCAAGAUUCGAUCCAAACUUCUCAAAUUAUUUACUUCAGGUCGGAAAUGGAACAACACCAAUCACAAUUGAGAAUAAGAUCAAAAUUCCCAAUGAAAUGCUCAUUCCUUACAAAAAUGAUGUGGAGUCUUUAGAUGAUCUGAUCGAUGCAGUCUUCCAAGAUAUUGGCAGCUAUUCAGAAAAUUUAUCCGAAAUGACAAAUCGAGCUAUCUUGACACCAAAGAACAACUCUGUCGAUGAGAUAAAUACAAUACUUAUUCAAAGAUUUCCUGGUACAGUUACACAAUACUAUAGCUUCGAUGAAACGAUUGAUACAUCAGAACAAGGAAUCAUGGAGGAUUUUUUAAAUACAUUGACACCAAAUGGACUUCCACCUCAUGAGCUGUUAUUAAAAAAAAAUUGUCCCAUCAUGUUACUCAGAAAUGUCAAUCCUUCAGAAGGUUUAUGCAAUGGAACACGUCUUAUUUGUCGCAACUUUGAACGAAAUAUCAUUGAUGCUGAAAUUGCAGUUGGUCACCACACCGGAAAAAGAGGCAACCAACUACAAGCAACAAUUUUCAGCAAAGAUAUAGACCUACGUAAUGACAUGUUGCACAUCUUCCGGUCUUACUACAUCAGUAAUGCUUAUGUUAAGCCUUUAGAUCCCAGGCAUAGAAUUGAAGCGCAUGAAUACCAGUGGAUCUUAAAUUCAAGAACAAUCAUCGAAAACAUUCCAGAUGACGAAGUGGAAUUACAACCACCAGAAUAUGAUAUUAUCCCAUUCACCAAUCUGCAUGAGUACAAAGACACUGGAAUGAAAUAG